GGACGUUUAGCAAACGGCCAGUUGCUAAAAGGAAAGCGAGCCGCUUCCGUGUUGAUCUUGUGUUGUUCUCGUUAGAAAAACCCGUCGUCUGCGCGGCCGGAGCUGAGCCGACAGCCUCUCCGCGGGGUCCCCGUCAUGGUCCUGUGAAGUCCGGGGACGCCCUUCCCGCUCUCCCGCGCCGACAUGUCGCUGCUGCAGGGCCCCAAGAAGAAAGACAAGCGCAUCCUGUGCGGUACCUGCCCGGACCCCAAGUGCCAGGCGCGGCUCUUCUUCCCCGCUCACGGCUCCAUCAGCAUCGAGUGCACGGAAUGCGGCCAGCGGCACGAGCAGAGCGGCCUGCUGAACGUGGAGGAGGUCACCGACCCGGACGUGGUGCUCCACAACCUGCUGAGGAACGCCCUGCUCGGCGUCACCGGGGCCCCGAAGAAGGGUACGGAGCUGGUGAAGGUGAUGGGGCUCUCCAACUACCACUGCAAGCUGCUGUCGCCGGUGCUGACCCGCUACGGCAUGGACAAGCAGACCGGCAAGGCCAAGCUGCUGAAGGAGAUGAACCAGGGGGAGAUCUUUGACUGCUCCCUGCUGGGGGACCGAGCCUUCCUCAUAGAGCCCGACCACGUGACCACCAUGGGCUACGGCAAGGACCGCUCCGGGAGCCUCAUCUACCUCCACGACACCCUGGAGGAGAUCAAGAAGGCCAACGGCAACCGGGAGUGCCUCAUCCCGGUGCACGUGGACGGGGACGGCCACUGCCUGGUCCACGCCGUGUCCAGGGCGCUGGUGGGCAGGGAGCUCUUCUGGCACGCGCUGCGCGAGAACCUCAAGCAGAACUUCAAGCAGAACCUGGACCGCUACAAGAGCCUCUUCCAGGACUUCAUCGACGCCGCCGAGUGGGAGGACAUCAUCAACGAGUGCGACCCGCUGUUCGUGCCCCCCGAGGGCGUCCCCCUGGGGCUGCGCAACAUCCACAUCUUCGGCCUGGCCAACGUCCUGCACCGGCCCAUCAUCCUGCUGGACUCCAUGAGCGGCAUGCGCAGCUCCGGCGACUACUCCGCCACCUUCCUGCCGGGCCUGGUGCCCGAGGAGCGCUGCCGAGGGAAAGACGGCAAGCCCAACAAGCCCAUCUGCAUCGCCUGGAGCAGCUCCGGCCGGAACCACUACGUGCCCCUGGUGGGGGUCAAGAACACGGUGCUGCCCAAGCUGCCGCCGCGCAUGCUGCCCAAAGCCUGGGGCGUCCCCCAGGAGCUCAUCCGCAGGUACGUCCGGCUGGAGCCCGACGGCAGCUGCGUGAUCGGCGGCGACCGCGGCCUGCAGGACAAGUACCUGAUGCGGCUGGUGAACGCCAUGGAGGAGGUGUUCAUGGAGAAGCACAGCAUCCACCCGUCGCUGGUGGCCGACGUGCACCAGUACGUCUACAGGCGCACCGGCGUCAUCGGCGUCCAGCCCGAGGAGGUGACGGAGGCGGCCAAGAGGUCGGUGACGGAGAACCGGCUGCACCGCUGCCUGAUCUGCGGCGCCCUCUCCGAGCUGCACGUGCCGCCCGAGUGGCUGGCCCCCGGGGGGAAGCUCUACAGCCUGGCCAAGGCCACGCACGGCCAGCUGCGGCCGGACAAGAACUACAGCUUCCCCCUCAACAACGUGGUGUGCUCCUACGACCCCCACAGGGACUGCCUGCUGCCCGACUACAAGCUCAGCUCCCUGAGCACCUGCGCCUGGUGCCACGGCACCUCGGUGCGGCACGUGCGGGGCGACGGCUCGGUGGUGUACCUGGACGGGGACCGGACCAACACCCGCUCGCAGGGCGGCAAGUGCGGCUGCGGCUUCAAGCACUACUGGGAGGGGAAGGAGUACGACAACCUGCCCGAGGCGUUCCCCAUCACCCUGGAGUGGGGGGGCCGGGUGGUGCGGGAGACGGUGUACUGGUUCCAGUACGAGGCCGAGGCGGCGCUGAACAGCAACGUGUACGACGUGGCCAUGAAGCUGGUCACCAAGCACUUCCCGGGGGAGUUCGGCAGCGAGAUCCUGGUGCAGAAGGUGGUCAACACCAUCCUGCACCACACGGCCAAGAGGAACCCGGACGAGUACAACCCGGUGUCCGUGGACGGGGCGCAGCACGGCCCGCGCCCCGGGGACCCCGCCGAGGCGCCCCCGCCGCCGCUGGCGGACCCCCAGCUGCCCACCAAGAUCAUCCUGACGGGGCAGAAAGCGAAGACGCUGCACAAGGAGGAGCUGACGAUGAGCCGGGCGGAGCGCAGCCUCCAGCAGAGCAUCAGCGAUCAGGCCUCCGUCUCACAGAGGAGACGCACCGACAAGCUGAAGCAGGAACCCAGGGGGCCGGGGCGCAGCGCCUCCCCCGGGGGCUCCCCUGAAACCACCUCCUCCUCAGCCCCCGCCACCCCCACCAAAACCUCCUCCCCGUCCUCCUCCUCCUCCAACAAGGAGAAGAAGAUCCGUGUGACGACCAGCGACGGGCGGCAGGCCAUGCUGACGCUGCCGGCGCGCUCCACCUUCUCCGACCUGCAGAGGAGCAUCGCCGAGCAGCUGGACGUGCCGCCGGCGCAGCAGUGCAUCCGCCACGGCUUCCCCCCCAGGGAGCUGCCGCCGCCCGGGGAGGGCGAGGAGAACGAGCCGGUGGCCCUGCAGCACGGCGACAGGGUGACGGUGGAGAUCACCAGGGGCCCCGCAGACAAGGGCCCCGGGGCGUCCAUGACCCGGGCGUCCAGCUCCCACUCCGCGCUGCACGCCGCCAAGAGCGACGACGGCGGCGGCGUGGCGUCCGGCAGGGCGGGCGGCCGGGAGGUCCAGGAGAGCAUCGACCUGGAGAUGUCCUCCCUCUGUCUCCUAGCAACGCUGAUGGGCGAGGACGUGUGGUCGUACGCGAAGAAGCUGCCGCACCUCUUCCAGCAGGGAGGCGUCUUCUACAACAUCGUGAAGAAAGACAUGGGUCUCAUGGACGGGAAGCACUGCACGCUGCCUCACCUGACGGGGAAAACCUUUGUCUUCAACGCCGCGGAGGAGCGCCUGGAGCUGUGCGUGGACGCCGCGGGCCACUUCCCCGUCGGCCCCGACGUUGAGGAGCUGGUGAGGGAGGCGGUGGCGCAGCUGCGCUCGGAGGCCUCUAGGGGCAGCAGAGAGGGGAGCCCGUCCCACGGCGUCCUGCGGCUGGGCAGCGGCGGCGUCGUCCGCAAGAAGGAGCAGCUGCAGAGCGUCACCGCCUUCCAGGGCAAAGGUCACUCGCUGGGCAGCGCCGAGGGCUCCUCCCCCCCGGAGCACCGGCCAAUCACGCGGCAGCACAGCAGCGGCGUGGACCUGAGCGCCAGCGUUUCCAGGGGCGCCCCGGACCUGUCGGACAUUCCCGAGGACGCCACCAGGGAGCUGGUGCGCAUGGCGCCGGGCUUCGUCACCACCAAGGACGGCCGGGCGCUGGACCCCGGCCUGAUGGAGCAGCAGCGCAAGAAGCUGCAGGAGAUGGUCUCCUCCAUCCAGGCCUCCAUGGAGCGCCACCUGAAGGAGCAGCAGAGCGCCGCGCCGGGCGGGGCCGGCCGCGACCGAACUGCCGGGCCGAAGGCGGGCCCCGGCCCGGCGGCGCCCACGCCGGACCGCCGGCCUGCCGCCGCCGCCGCGGGGGCCGGCAAACCGGAGGACAAGGUGGAGGAGAUGGAGAGCCAGGACGCUGAGCAGAGCACCGCCAGCGAACCCAUGGAUCACUCCUGAUUGUUCCUGAGCCGCAGCGCCGCCGCCGCCCCGCCUGGCCGCCAUCCGAGGGCCUCAGAGCCUCGGGUCGGACCCCAAAGCUUUAGGUCUUCAUUACGUCGCGUCGUCUUUACUGCAUGACUGAGGAGCGAGCCGCCCGCCGCGGUCCACGAGCGAUUUUUACCGAGUCUCUCUGCGAUACAUCGUCGCUCCGUCUCAGCCCAGCGGGCUCCGCUCGCACAGGAAGUCUAGACCGCUUUACUUCCUGCUUGUAGAGCGAGCGAUGUAUCGUAGACGGCUUCCUCACAGCAUCCCUGACACCCGCAGCCGCCCGCCAGGUGGCCGGAUUGUAUCCCCAGCCUCCUAAAAGUCACCUGCAGACGCCAAAUCUUCCUGCUUCAAACGCGCGCCUGUCUCCGAGGAGACACCCGGCCACUUCCUGUAGAGACAGGAAGUCCUCGUCUGCCACCGAGCGGAGCGCCGCCGACCCGCAGCGACUCCCCACCCGUCGCCUCGCUGAGCAUCACCUGCCUUCAUCUCCUCGUUCAGCCCUUCCAACACCGGGGAGCUGCUCCCCCUGCAGGCGGGACCCGGUCACUGCAGAGGCGGAGUCAGGGCAAAUUAAAGGAGGACACCACCUCAAAGGGGGGGGGAAUCCAGAAUAGUUCUGGAGAACUUCUGAAUGAGUUAAUCCAGGUCCGGUCUGGUUGGGAAGCUGGCGGGUUUUGCUUUUGGUUGUGGUGCUACUUAUUAGCAAUACUAGCUGAUAACGACGUUUCUCUUCAUUUUUACACGUCCACCAGUUGUCUGUGACGCUCCAGGUUGUUAUCAGAAAACAUCGUUAAUAGUUUUUACCCACAGUUCAACUCUUCCAUCUGCUCUUUGGCCGCUUCGUGACGUUGAGGGACAUUUGAGGGAAAUUUUCUCGCUGAACGUUCGGAGCGCUAACGGAGGCUGUAGUCCGAAUUAUCGGGUCGGUGGCGGUCUGACAGCAGAACGUUCCUGAAUGUGUUCGUAUAUCCGCCGGUUACUGACUGAGCUCUGUCCGUCCUGUCAGUUUGAUCCGCUGAGGGCGGCGUUUCUUUUUCUGCGUUUCUCUUUAAUCUGUCACAGAAAAAAAAAAAAUAUAAAGUCGCCAACAGGAAACCGCCAAAGAUGGCAGUGAGAAGCGUUUCCUGAGAAGACGCGGUGUAGGAGCUGCAGCCCCGCUUCUUUCAGGAAGCAGGUUGCAGCCUCUGGUUUCUGAAAGAAACCGGCGCCCCCUUGUGGAGAUUAUUCUCUACUGCAGACAUUUUCUAAGCAAAUAAAAGCCAAAUAAAUCAGAUUUAGCUGCAAACCGCGUUUCCUUCUAAGCUGUGACUGACUUCCUGUGAGGACGGGGCUGACAGAGCCGCCCUCCCUCCAUCCUGACCCACGUUCAUCUAAAGUUCUGGUUCCCCUCCCAUUUUUUUUUUUUUUUUUUUUAAAGCAGCAGCCAAAGAAACACAAGCUUAACGUUGCUCCUCACGUUUCGGCCGAUAUUUCUCCACAGAACCGCCCCAAAUCUGACAAACAAAUACUAGCUGUGAGUCUGAUGGAUCAGAACAAACGUUUCCUGCCACAGAACCUGGGCUCAGGUUCUUUUUUUUUAGGUAAGCUCCACUGGUUGGACCCAAAUUCUGCUUCAGGACCAGAGCAUGUGGUCACCAAAGGUCCUCUGAAAUAUAAAAUCCGUUAAAGUUCUGGUCCGGUUCUAACUUACAGGGCAGACAUUUGUUUCCUCACCUUUUUUUUUUUUUUUUUUUUUUUUUUUCUUCUACUGGACAAAAACUCAUCAGAUGCUCGUGGUUCCUUUUCAUUCUGGUGUUCGGAGUCGACCCGAACUUUACUUUUUAACGUUGCUUUUAUGAUUUCUAUCAACUAAAGAUGCAUCUUGUCGUCUUAAAUUCAUCAAACCCAGUGGAAAAACGGCGAGUUCUGAUUUCAUUCGCCCUCCUCCAGACUCAAAGAUGGCCGAUCUGGACAACGUCAGGAUUUAUUUUCCUUAAUCUGAAGAAAUCUUGAGCAUAAAACCUGUUUUAGACACUAAGAAAGUUAAACGUGUAGAAAGUUUUUUCCUUUAAAAGGGAAGCGGUGCUCCCGUCUUCACUGGUUUUACUGUUGGGGGGGGGGGCCGUGAAUGUUUGACCCGGUCCGCCUUAUGUUCUGGUUCUGACCCGCAGAGAGGAGCUUGUUUGCUUAAAAACGUCUGAGGAGCAGAAGUUUUGAGGAAAUGUAAAACUGGGCACUUUGACGAGAACGAGGGAACGUGGGCGCGGCGUGGCCAGGUGAGCCGGAACCAGAACCGGACCCACUCUGCUGUAAUCCUGCUGUAUUAUAGUACAUAUUGUAGAAAAUGUGGAGCCGCUCAGACGGGCUCCGUCUCUCCUUGGUUCUCUUGGAACGUGUCUCUGGUUGCUAAUAAAACGCUGACGACACUCUGCUUCGACGUCGCUGUUUGCAUGUGUGACAUCAUCUGGGCGCCACCAAUAAAAUCACUUCCUCCAU